CUCAACCCUGAGGGGCCCCCCAACGUCUUGGAGGCCUUGAAGGGGGCCCCCCAAGACCCCGAGGGCCUCUCCCUUAUCCCUGAGGAGCCCCCCAACAUCUUGGGGUGCUCCAAGGGAGCCCCCCAAGUCCAUGAGGAGCCCCUCAAUAUCUUGGGGUCCUCCAAGGGGGGUCCCCAAGUCCAUGAAGGUCCCCCCAAUACCUUGGGAUCCUCGAAGGGGGGACCCCAAGACACCGAGGGGCCCUCAAAGGGGGCUCCCCUCAACCCUGAGGGUCCCCCCAACAUCUUGGGGGGCUCUAAGGGGGGUCCCCAAGACCCUGAGAAGCCCUCAAAGGGGGCUCCCCUCAACCCUGAGGGGCUCCCCAACAUCUUGGGGUGCUCUAAAGGGGGUCCCCAAGACCUUGAGAAGCCCUCAAAGGGGGCUCCCCUCAACCCUGAGGGGCCCCCCAACAUCUUGGGGGCCCUGAAGGAGGUCCCCCAAGACCCUAAGGGGCCCCCCAACAUCUUGAGGUCCUCCAAGGGAGCCCCCCAAGACCUUGAGGGGCCCUCCAAUGUCUUGAGUUCCUCCAAGGGGUCACCCCAAUACCCUGAGGGGCCCUCAAAGGGGGCUCCCCCCAAGCCUGAGGGGUUGGGGACCUUGAAGGGGGCUCCCCGAGACCCUGAGGGUCCCCCCAAGAUAUCGGGGUGCCCCCCCUUUCCCGAGUUGGGGUCCGUGCGAGCGGCGCUGGAGGCUGCGCUGCGCCGGGAGCCGGGGGAGCCGACGCCAUCGGAGCUGCGGCCGCUUUUGGGGGUCCCCCUGCCCCCUCAAGCCAAGUGCCGGCAUCUGGAUGGGGCUCGGCUGCUGCGGGACAACCUCAGCCUGGAUUCGGGGGGCGCCGUGCGGGGUUUGGGGGGGCUGCGGACGGCGCUGAGCAUCCUGGAGAAGUACGGGCGGAACCUUCUGCAGCCGCGGCCCCCCCGGCACUGGCGUGGGGUGCGCUUCGGGAACCCCGUUUUCCGCAGCACCGUCGGAGCCAUCCAGGGGGGCCGGCGGGUGUUGGGGCUCCUGGGUUACACGGAGCAGACGGGCGAGGGGCUGAGCUUCCCCCCGGAUGUGGAGGCGCCCCACGGCCCCCGCGUGGCCUCCGUCACCGCUGACGUCCUCCUGCUGCGCGCCGAGAUCGACCUCCUGCUGGCCAACCAGCACCCGAACCCCCAUUUCUUUACCGACCUGCUGGAGCAGCGGGCCGAGGAGCCGCUGGGAGCCGACGCUGGCCUGGCAGGCUCUGCCCCACAGCGCCCGCCCAGCCCCACACGUGGAGACCCCAGCUCUUUGCCCUCCAAAUGGCCCUUUGGGACCCGCCAGCCCCCCCCCGGCGCUAUGGGGCAGCCCCCCGGCUCUAUGGGGCAGCCCCCCAGCGCUAUGGGGCAGCCCCCCGGCGCUAUGGGGCAGCCCCCCAGCAGCAGCGGCUGGGCCUGCGCCUCCUGCACUUUCCUGAACCCCGGCCCCAGCGUCCUCUGUGGGGUCUGUGAACGCCCCCGCCUGGCUCGGAGACCCCCGCCUGCCCCACAGGGCUGGUCCUGCCCCCAUUGCACUUUCUGGAACGAAGGGCCCGGGCCGGUCUGUGCCAUCUGCCACCGCCCCCAGGACGAGGCCCCGCCGAGCCCCACACCCUGCCCCACACCCUGCCCCACACCCUGCCCCACAGCCGGCCCCACAGCCUGCCCCACAGCCGGCCCCACAGCCGGCCCCGAGCGCCACACCGAGAGUGACGCCGAGAGGCGGCGGCAGCAGCGCCUGCGGGAGGACGGCAGCCGCCUCGUCGCCAUCGUCAGGGCGGCGGAGGCGCAGGCGGUGCCGGCCGAGGCGGUGUGGGUCGCCGUGGGGCAGUCGGAGGCCCCGCCAUGGGUCGCCGUGGGGCAGGCGCGAGCGGCGCUGGGACCGGCGUUGGCGGCUCUGCUGGAACAAACUGGGCCGAACUGGGAGGAACUGGGACCGCUGUCCCUGCGCGAGGCCGCCAGGGCCUGGAUCCGCGCCCACGGCAACCCCCGCAGGGCCUUACUGGGAGCACUGGGAGCCAGGAGGAAGCAGGUGCGGGCGCUGUCGGCGCUGGGGCUGUGGGGGCGGGGGGCGGCGCUGGCGCUGUUCCAGAACGGGGGCGACGUGUGGGGCGCAGCCGCCGACCUCCAGCGCCGCCCCCUGCGGGCCCUGCAGAGACAGCUGUGGCGCCACGAGCCCCCCCUCGACUUCGACUGCCCCGACCCACAGGCGCUGUGCCGGCGGGCGCUGGCGGCGUUGGGCGCCCGCAGUUGGGGUCGUGCGGAGCUGCUGUGGGCGUUGGGGCGCGAGUUGGGCCUCGGCCGCGCCCACGGAGCGGAGCUGCGCGACCUCCUCGACGCCGUCAGCGCCUGCACCGACCCCGCGGCGCUGCGGCCCUCGUGCGCCGUCUGCGGGGAGAGGAGAGCGCGGGCACGGAUGCUGGGGCUGCUGUGGUGCGAGUGUGCGCUGUGCCCCGAGUGCUUCCGGGGGCACUUCACGGUGGCGGUGCGCGAGCGCCCCGUGCGCUGCCUCUCGUGCCCCGCGUGCGCCCGCCCCGACCUCAGCGCCCCCGCGCAGCGCUGCGCAUACCUUGCCGCCCUCGACGUGCAGCUCCGGCAGCACCUGGAUCCGGACACGUACCAGCUCUUCACCCAGAAGGUGACGGAGCUCGAGCUGCUGCAGGACCCCCAGUUCCUCUGGUGCCCCCAGUGCUCGUUUGGGUUCAUCUUCGAGGGGGAGCGCGGUCCGGCGCAGUGUCCCCAAUGCCACCGGCGCUGCUGUCCCCGCUGCCGCCAGCCCUGGGACCCCGCGCACGCGUCGCUCUCGUGCUCCGAGUUCCAGGCGUGGCUCAGCGCCCGCGACCCCCAAGUGCGCGCCGUGGGGCUGGCGGCCUUCCUGCAGGAGCAGCGCCUCACGUGCCCCCGGUGCGGGCUGCCGCUGGCGCUGGCGCGGGGCGGAUGUCUGCACUGCCUCUGCCCCCACUGCCAACACCACUUCUGCAGCGCCUGCGCGGGGCCCUUCUACCCCAAAGACUGCUGCCCCGAUGAUCGCUGCCCCCUCCGUGGGUCCCUCCAUGGCCACCACCCACGGCGCUGCCUCUUCUACCUUCGCGACUGGGACCCGGCCCGGCUGCAGCGCCUCCUGGCGGGGGCUGUGGGCUCGUGGAGCAGAAGGAGGCGCCGGAGGGGCUGCGGGAUGAGCCCUGCGGGCGCCCCACCGAGGAGGGCCACGGCGGCCUCUGCCGGCGGCACUACACGGAGUACCUGGUGGGGUUGGUGGGCGCCCACGCGCUGGACCCGCGGGAGCUGUACGACGCGGCCGAGCUGGAGGCGGCCGUCGAGCGCCUCGUGCCGGGGGGGCGCCCCCCACGCCUGCCCCACGAGAGCCCCCACGACUACGCCCGGCGCCUGCGACGCCUCCUGCCCCCCGACCCGCCGCCGCCAUCGGACUCGAGACACUGACGGCAUCGGGCUCCACUCCGGCCCUCCGACUCCUCGUGCGAAGCGCUGCGAGGCCACGCCUCCUUUUCCAUAUAAGGAAGCGUUGGCCACGCCCAUAUCACCAUAUAAGGAAAUCGUGGCCUCGCGCCCCUUUAACAAUAAAGGCGUGACUGAAGAUCCGUGUCUGUGUGGGCGGGGCUUCACUCCAUUGAACUCAAUGGGGGCGGGGGGGGGGCGUUAA